GCAAGACCAAGUAUGACGAAAAUGGAAACUAUUUACGCGUUAAUUCGUGGGCGGAUAUAUUGUUUACGAUGGCGCAAUCGGAGCGUAAACUGAUUCUGGUCACAGGUUUUGGCCCAUUUGUUGGCCAUGAAGAGGUCAAUGCCAGCUGGGAGGCAGUGCAACUGUUGCCCGAUGUGCUAAUCCACGAGGGAAUCGAGUAUCAACUUGAGAAGCGAAAGGUUGACGUAGAAUAUGCUGCAGUUGAUGAAGCAGUCACAGACCUUUGGCAAAAAAAGCCCGAGUUGGUUGUGCACGUUGGAGUCUCGGGCCUUGCAAAGUGUGUGUGUGUGGAGAAAUUAGCAUAUAAUCAUCAGUUUCGACGUCCCGAUAAUGCUGGGCAAUAUCUGGAGAAGGCCACUUGUUGUCUGCCUUAUAAUGCACAUGCAAAUGUCUUGCGUACUGGACUAAAUGUCGAUAAGAUUGUGCAGGCUGUAAAUGAAACUUGUAAAGAUUGCGUAGCUCCAGUUCACGGUGAUAACGAUAAGUCUGCGUUGACGGCUACGCAAGUAUCUAAAAAUGUCGGUGGUUUUUUGUGCGGGUACAUUUAUCUCAAGUCGUUGGAUGUCAAUUGUAAACGCAGCUUGUUUGUACAUGUUCCACCUAUUGACAUGCCUUUCAGCACGCCGCAAACUGCAGAUAUUGUUUACAAGAUCAUUGAACAAUGUGUUCAACAAUUGUCAGAUUGUUAAACCAAGUCAAUAACCUUUGGAUGUUUUGUUUAUGUUCAGUAUUGAUUCAUAAUUCUCAUGAUUGCAGUCGUGCACGAGCAUUUACUGUUUUGCUCAAUAAUUUUAUAAAUGUCAAUUCCUUGUUUUUGUGCUAAGAAUGCCAGCUGAUCAAACAACUCAUUACGAUUUUAUACAGUUUUUAUUUAAACAAUAUGCCACGCGCUGUUAUUGUCAAUGCACAUAUUUAUAUAAAAUAAAAAAUCAUUGGUUAAUUUUUAGAAUUGUUUGAAAAGUCCCCCUAAUAAAAAACUUCGCUUGAAAUUUUAAUUCAAAACUUCGCGCGCGACAAUAAAUAAUUGAAUAAUAAAUAAUUGCCAUA